GUGAAGGCGAGUGAUGGGCCGGCUAGCCAGCCCUCUCCUUUUUUUUCUCUCUCUUUUUUUCUCUUUGUUUUCUUCUUCUUCUUUCUUACUUUUCUCUCUUUCCUAUCCUCUCGUUUCCUCCUCUGUUCUUUCUCUUUCGCCCCCCGCAAGCUCAAGCGCAAGUGCAAGCACCCGUCGGCAACGCCACGAUGCCAGAACGGUAGCCCGUCAGUUGGUAGCACACGAGCCAGGGGCUCUUACCGACGAGCGACGACGGGGAAACCGGACGAUUUGUGUGUUUAAGCUUAGGCACGCAAGCACGGCACCGAACAGACGACAGCCUACUGUGCUGUGCUAUGAGGUAAGGAAGCUGGCUGGCGCAUUAGGUAAUCUUUAAUGUGCCUGGUCGGCAUCGAUUCCACUCCUGUUUCCGCCCCCGAUCUGGGCCGAAGCAGGCAGGGUACCUACGUAGUGUACACUAUUUACAAAGAAAAAGUCCAUUAUUUAGUUCCAUCAGCUCCUCCCUUCUCUCCCCUUUCCCAUCGUAGAGGACGGGUUGCUGGGCCUUGGUAAGCCACUUUGAACUACCUAGGUAGGUAGGUAGAAAGUAGCUAUCUACCAUCGACGUACACACAUUGGCGGUCCAUUACCACUGGCAAUUGACAUGCUGACAGGGCACGUGACGGGGCGGAGACUACACUGUAUUCUUGCCAGACCACUUUGACUGGCCGCUUGAGCCUUGAGGAGUCCGGUUUAAUUGACGC